GGCACGGGCCGAUGGUGGCGAUUCCGGGAGGGGUGUUCACCAUGGGCACCCAGGAGCCGGCAAUCCCGCAGGAUGGGGAGGGCCCUGCCAGGAGAGUCCACCUGAAGAGCUUCUACAUGGAUCAGUACGAGGUCAGCAACGAGCAGUUCGAGAGGUUUGUGAACUCCACUGGCCACGUCACUGAGGCAGAGAAAUUUGGAGACUCCUUUGUGUUUGAGGGAAUGCUGAGUGAAGCAGUGAAGGCUGACAUCCACCAAGCAGUUGCAGCUGCUCCCUGGUGGUUGCCUGUGAAAGGAGCCAACUGGAAGCAUCCUGAGGGUCCUGACUCCAGUAUCUCCAGCAGGAUGGAUCACCCAGUUCUCCACGUGUCCUGGAACGAUGCUGUGGCUUUCUGCAGGUGGGCAGGGAAGCGGUUACCGACGGAGGCGGAGUGGGAGUACAGCUGCCGAGGGGGCCUGGAGAACAGGCUGUUCCCAUGGGGUAACAAACUGCAGCCCAAAGGUCAGCACUACACCAACAUCUGGCAGGGGGAGUUCCCAACCAACAACACUGCAGAGGAUGGGUACAAGGGGACUGCACCUGUCACUGCCUUCCCUCCCAAUGGAUUUGGGCUGUACAACAUGGUGGGCAAUGCCUGGGAGUGGACAUCUGACUGGUGGGCUGUCCAGCACUCCUCACAGGAACUCCACAACCCUCAAGGGCCAUCCUCGGGCACGGACAGAGUGAAGAAAGGAGGAUCCUACAUGUGCCACAAGUCCUACUGCUACAGGUACCGCUGUGCCGCUCGCAGCCAGAACACCCCCGACAGCUCCGCGUCCAACCUGGGCUUCCGCUGCGCCUCCGACACCCCACCGGAGCCACAGUGACCUCCUGGCUGUUCCAUGGGCUCAGGAACGGCUGGAUUGCACCCAGGGAACCAGGGAUGAUGGCGGUGUCACCUGCUGAUGGCACAGAAUUGAAAAAUCUACCACUUAAAGUUCCUGCUGGGGCGGAAAAAAUCCAACACUAAAUGUUGCUUGGAGAAGCUUCAUGUUCAUGGGGACCUGGCCUGGACUCAAAUCCUGACCAAACUUAGCAGUUGGUUUUGGCAAGAGUGUUUUGGGUUCAACUGGAACAAAACUGUUUUCAAAGGCUACUUAAUACAGGCUGGAAAAGACCUCCAAGACCACAGAGUCCAACCUGUGAUCGAUCCCCACCUUGUCACCCAGACCAGCUCCUUUAGCAAAGAUCUUUCUUAAUUAGUUUUAUUUAUGUAGAGUUUGAGUUUCUACACUUACAUGCAAUAAAAACCAAGGACUUUUUAAAGUUCUAGGCAGCUUUAAAAGAAAUUUGAGGCAGUUCGGAAAUUCUAGGCAGCUUUAAAAGCCAAUGAAGGAGUCAAGAGUGAGGCCUGGGAGAUGACACCUCUCCCCAGGGGCAGCUCCCACAGCCCUUUGUUACAUUCCUGUGCAGUGAAAACUUGAUCAGAAAUGGGCUUUUCUGGGGAGAUUUGCUGCUCUUUAGGAAGUGCCUUCUGCAGCUGGGGGGGUGAUAAUCCUCAGGGCAAUGAUGAUUAGAAAUCUUGUACAUGUUUCAAUAAAAUGUAAAGCAUUUGUUUAUGCCAAGGACUCUUAUUGAUGGAAAAGCAGCAAUUUCCUUUGAAUGUCUUGGACACAGGAAUCUUGUUUUGGGGAGUUGGGAAUUGCAAAAUUGACCUCAUUAGAAACUGAAGCUCACAAAUGAUUCCACUUGAACAGAAGUCAUGAAAGUGAAAAGAUGGCAGAUGGAACUGUGAGCCCCAAGGCCUCACAGGGUAAAUUCUGAAACUGUUUGUUGGGGAAAGAAAAACAAAACAAAAAGACAAAAACAAACAAAAACCCAACCAAAACAAACAAACCCCCAAACAACCGAAAACAAAACAAAAAAACAACCAAACCACUGAAAAGGAGAGGAAUUUCUGCAAAGAAUUUUAGCAAGGAAUAAAGGAAAUGGGAAUAAUUGAAAGCCACCUCAUUUUGGGAUCUGAAUGUAACGGUGGAUUAACAAAAACCUUUGCACUGAUGUUGGUCCUUGCCAGCAUUGUCUUUUCUGUAGUAAAUUGGGUUUGGGUUUAACACAACCUGGGGUCAGUGCAGAUCCAUCACUUCCCUGCUCCUUCUCUGCUUG